AUGGUUCACACUCAGUAUUCUAAAGUCAUUAAAAUUUUUCAUCGGGAUAAUGGUUUGGAAUAUCGUGACUCUAAAUUACUCACCUUUCUUGAUUCUCAAGAUAUUUCUACUGAUCUUUUUCCCAAUGACUUGAGUACAGAUUCUUCUAUUGAGCUCGUUUCCAUGACCGACGCUGCGCCCACUCCAGAUAUGUCUACUGUCACACCUAUUGCUCCUCUAGCACAACAACGUAAGGCCUGCUUGGUGACCCAAGGAUUCACUCAGGAGUAUGGUGUUAACUAUGAGGAAACUUUUACACCUGUAGUUUAUAUGACUUCUGUUCGCAGCCUUCUAGCCAUUGCUACUGCUCCACGUGCAUGGUUUACUAAGUUUAGUAACACUAUGAAUCAAUUGAAUUUUUCUUGUAAUCCUCACGACUCGGCUCUUUUUAUUCGCUCUACUGCUCAUGGUAUUAUUUUGUUACUACUGUAUGUUGAUGACAUGAUUAUCACAAAUAGUGAUGAUACAGGAGUUUAUGAGCUCAAGACAUAUUUGGGCCAGCAAUUUGAUAUGAAGGAUCUUGAUGGAUUGAACUAUUUUUUUGGAAUCGAGGUCCACCAUGAGAGUGAUGGUAUAUCUGUCUCUCAAGUCAAGUAUGCUAUCGAUUUGAUAUCCCAAGCUCACCUUUCUGAUAAGGAGGUUGAAACUACUCCUAUUGAACUAAAUGUUCACUAUACUUCUACUGAUGGUACCUUGUUGGACAAUCCCACCCGUUACCGCCAAUUGGUUGGGAGCCUCAUCUAUCUUGCCGUCACGCAACCUGAUAUUACUUAUGCAAUUCAUGUUGUUAGCCAGUUUAUGUCUGAGCCUCGCACAACUCAUUAUGCAAUAGUUCUUCAGAUCAUUUGGUAUAUCAAAGGUACUCUUUAUCAUGGGCUUUACUUCUCUGCUAGCUCCUCUCUUGCAUUGCGAGCUUACUUUGAUGUCGAUUAG